AUGUACAUAUGGAUGUAUAUUCACUUUUUUACCGAUGCAUGUACGUUUGCAUGUAUUUAUGCAGUGUGUUUGGAUUUAUGCAUAGUCUGAUAUCAGUGUGUUUUACCCAAGCACACACAUGUAUGUACACAAACGGGCGCCCUUGAGUGAACGACAGCCCGGCGCACAAAUAGAGCCUAGGAGCUGCCUGGGAGUAUAGGGCGGAGAGGCGAGCCUUAAAUAGAUUUCCAGGAAACUACGGGAGGCGGGCGGCGCUCUCUGUUACGUCACGCUGGCAAUCCUGGCAACGUUAAUAUCUUGCUGUAUAUUGUGCUGGCCAGACAGGUGUGCGUGUAGUGAUGUCAUCACGCAGGUGUGGGUUGCUACAGCUGCACAACCACGCAUGCAAUGACAUCGUGUUGGGGGGUACAGUUUGCAUUAGCUAGUUCUGUAGCAAGUUCUGCGAAUUUGUAGGGGAGGUUUGGGUGGCUAUGAAUGGCCAUGUUGUAUAUACACAGAAACGUGAGCCGGGGAUACACGCACAACGGACGCUGCAGUGUGACCGGAAACAACACCAAAAUAAAUCCCCAGGGAAAUAAAUGUGGUCGCGAAACAGGCUUUUGUAUCAAUCGCCAGAUAAAACUGUGGACCAAUCGCGGAACAACACGUCUGGAACAAGUGUGGCUGGGGAACAAUGGCGUUCGUGGAACAAGCGUGGCUGAGAAACACGGGUGGUCGUGCAACCAGUGUAGCAAGCUAUGUCGAGAGGCCACCUUUAGUUCCACGCAGACUCUCCAUAAGAGAAGAUUGAGCACGCCCAGCCUAGACUCUGGAGGAGGUUCGAGAGCCCCUGGAAGGAUUGACUGACAAGGACGCGCGUUGUGCUCGGCUCCUCGCCUACAGGAAAUCCAGAUGCAGGCGCCUUGUUAUCCUUCAGGAAAAAAAAAAAAAUGCCUGCGUUUAUUCAUUGAAAAAUGUGGAGUCCAUCGCACACAUGUUACACAAAAUAAAUAAAGGGAAUAAAGAUGGCUAGAAGUUUACUCAAAUCCAGUUUGAUAUCUGUUGACUCUGGAAAACUAAUUGUCAAACACGGGUUUAUCCAAACGCCGGGCCUCUUCUUCCCAAAAGUGCUGGAGGAACCGCGGAGGUGGAGUGAUAAUGGAUACCGGGGCGUAGACUGGUAAAUAUGACAUCUCGAUCACAAACAAUACGCCGAGCGAUUGAAAACACUCGCCGUCUCUUGUGUACACUAUUUUUUCGAA